AUGCGAACACGUCAUUUGAAAGAUCAAAAUGAACAGUCAAGAAGGACGGUCGAGAUGCAGAAUUACUUCCUGUUGAUCUAUUUAUUACAGAUGUUUAACACAUUCUUCACCUUUUUAUUACCGUGCUUUAUGCUGAUCUUGGCAUUGCUUAACAUAAGUAUUCUACCAGAGUUUGUCAGUUCAUCUUUUGUCCUAUUCAUGUAUUUUCACUCGGCUUUCAACUCCUUGAUCCUCAUAUUUUCCACGAGAACCUACAGACAAGUGCUUUAUGGAUGGUGGUUGAAAGUGUAUUCAUUCGUUUCGAGAAAAGCAAUCAGAUUUUCGUUGAGUCGACAAGCACGAAUGGCCAUCGAGCGUCGAGAUCAUAAAAUAAUGAAGAAACUUGUUAAACUUGAUGUGGAACUAAAG